AUGCGGAGGAUAGCAAGGAUACAACGGCCAUCUGCGGCCCUGGCGCAGUGUCUGCAGGCACCGGCCUCAGCACCCCAACACACGGCCGCCUGCCGAGCAGCAGCGACAGCAUCGACCUGCCUCCAGCGACCUCGCGACUUCUCGACGACACCACAGAGAUCAUUCCACGGCUCAAGUCGACGAGCAGACAAGCUUAGCACCGACAGCAAGAAAGCCUCCACAGCAGAGGAGCCGCAAGCUGCCACAGCCACAUCCACAACCGACGCCCAGCAACAACAAGAAGCCGCGGAGCAGCUCCUCGAAGCCUACGACCCAGACGCCGCCGCCGACCUCGACGCCCUCGAGGUCGACACGGACCUGGUCCUCCCGCCCGAGGAGAUCUCCGUCGCGCAGCGCGCGGACGAGCUCGAGGCAGGCGGGGCGCGGUACGAGCCGGCCGACACGGCGCACGGCCUCGAGGUCGUGGGCGGGCUGGGCGGCUGGUUCGAGCGCGACGACCACUGGGGCCCGUCGAAGCGGUACACGGGGUUCGCGCCGACGCACCGCGUGGCCGACCCGGCGCUGCUGGAGCUCAAUGUGCGGCGGGCCGUCGCCGAGGCGCUGGCGGUCGCGGCGGCGGCGGGCGGCGGCGACGACGCGGCCCUGCUGACGGGGCUGUGGGAGCGCGGCGGGAAGGACGAGGCCGCGCGCGCGCUGGGCUUGCGCCUUGAGGUCCGUGAGGACGGCGCCGUUGGGUUGGUCGCUGCGGACGUCGAGGGCGUGGUCCGCGGCCUGCGGUGGGAUCCCGAUGCGCCUGGGUCGUCGGUUGCGGCUCCAGGAGAGGAGGUCGGUAGGCAGCAGUUCUCGCCUGAGGAGGCGAAGGAGAUUGUGCAGACGUGGGACCAGAGGUGGAAGUCGAUCUCGCUACAUGAUGCUCAGCUCAAGUUUGCUGUCACAAAGCGUAUCCUUCAACUAACAGGCCACCCCAUUCCCGACGCCAAGCUUCCGUCCAUCCACACGGCCGGCCAUCUCGUCGCAAUCCUGGUGAAGCCGCCGCCGCCGACCAAGGUCGCCGAGGCCCUCGAGCAGCAGGGGGAGCUGGCCAAUCUGCCCAACGUCCGAGUGCACGCGACGCGCCGCACGCCGGUGCACGAGCACCAGGAGGUGGGCCGAUGGAAGGUGAUUGUUCAGGAGCUAGAGAAGAGGAAGAUACCGGCGACGGGCGAUGGCGGGAUCGGCAAGCUCGUGGAGGACAAGUGGCUGAGGGGCCCGAGGCUGCCCAAGAAUGAGAGGAAGAAGAGAAGAUGA